AUGGGAGCCGCAAUGCCUCUCGAGGGCCGAAGCUUGGCCAUUUUUAUCGUUUCGAUUGUGAUGAUGUCUCUCUCUGUUAUCACAGUUUCAUUGCGAACAUUUGUUCGAUUGAACAUUAUUCGAGCCUUUGGUUGGGACGAUGCUUUGAUGGUUGCUGCAUUGUUUUUGUUCAUACUUUUGAACAGCUGUUGCAUCAUUGGAUCGAUGAAUGGGAUCGGCCACACAUAUACAGACUUUACAAGUGUGGAGAUCUAUAAGAAGGCUCUUGUGUGGUGGUGGCUCGGUCAAAUGCUCUACGUUUGGACCUCUGCUGUUACUAAAAUUUCCAUCGCACAUGCACUGCUUCGAUUGGCUGUCAAGAAAUGCCAUCGAAUAGUUCUUUGGUGUAUAAUCGUUGUCACAAUCUUGAUCGGGCUUAUGUUCUGGCUAAUAUUACUUUUUGACUGCCACCCUAUCUCCUUUUUCUGGCAACAAGUGGACCAAACGACCACAGGAAGAUGUCUGCCCAAGCCAAUCCUUCUAAAUAUUGCCUAUUUUUACAGCGUUUCGACCAUAUUGUGUGAUAUAACACUUGGUAUAUUGCCAGCUUUCUUAGUCUGGAACCUGCAGAUGAAUUUCCGGACGAAGUUUGCCGUUGGAGGAAUCCUCAGCCUGGGAGCAAUGUAUGUGAUCCCUUCCCCGCUUUAUGCACAGGAUCGCACUAAUUCUUCCAAGUGCGAGUGUUGCAGUGGCCUGUCGAAUCCCAUUCCUGCAAUAUUACUCCGACCAAAACUUUCUUUGUAUUUUGAGACUAAUUAUCUCUCAGAUUCGACCUGGCAAAUUGCCAUAUGGUCCGUCAUUGAGACCGGCCUCGGCAUCACAGCAGGCAGUCUAAUCACUCUUCGUCCUUUAUUCCGCUGGCUUUUGGAUGAAAACACCACAUACUCCAAAAGCACACCCGACCAAGGAAAGCAUUUGCGAUCAUAUCCACUGUCUACUUUGAACAGUGAUGGAUUCACGAGAUCCCAAGAUACGAGAUACUGGCGCCCUGAUAUCGACCCAGAUGAUGCCAAAAGUGUAAUAAUCACAGUCUCAUCGCCAAGGCGGAAGAAUUUCAGCCUUAGCAACAGCAGCCAAGAGGCUUUGAAUGCAGAGCUGAGUCCGGCGAUCUCACCAAAUCAUGUUAGAGUCCAACAAACUUUUGUACAAAUAGUCACAGAGCGACAAAAAUAG